AUGAGUGUUAUAGACGCUCUGGGGGAGGAGAUAACCGCCAUAGGCGCCGGGCGUCCCUACAGCCGUUCUGUGUCUCCCGAGCUGCCAGCAGCAGCAGCAGCAGCAGCAGCAGCAACAGCAGCAGCAGCAGCAGCAGCAGCAGCAAGAGGAGAAACAGGUGACUUCAGGAGAAAUGCAGAAGCUCUUAGAGAGACAGAGGAUCUGCUGCUGCAGCAUGCUCGUGAUGGCGGCGAAGAAGAGCUGCAGGUGCGGCGGCUGCUAGCUGCUGCUGCUGCUGCUGCAGUGCUGCGGGAGGCCGAAGCAGCAGCAGCAGCAGAGAAAGAAGCUUUGCUUACUAAAGGAGAUUCAUACAGAUCAGCUAGCAGCUACAACAGAUAUAUAUUGUACCGUUCUAGGGGCCCCUUUAAGGCGCGAGGAACGUGGGUAUCUGCUGCAGAAGAUGCUGCUGCUGCUGCUGCUGCUGCUGCAGCAAAGCAGCACAAGUGGCUGCAGCUUGUCUCCAAUGCUGCACACAGCAGUGAUACCCUAGGCCUCAACAACGUUCAUCAUAUGAAGCAACAGCUGCUGCAGCAGAAACAGCAGCUGCUGCUGCAGCAGCAGCAGCAGAGACUGCAGCAGCAGCGCAACAACCUCCCCGAAUACGGCCCUCACCCAAGGCCUCAGCAGCAGCAGCAGCAACAGCAGCAGCAGCAGCAGCAGCAACAAUAUGGGUUGCAAAGAGAAAUGCCGGAGCAGCAAGCUUCUGUGCACUGGGAGCAGCAGAUGCAGCAACGAGACACACAGCAGCAGCAGCAGCAGCAGCAGCAGCAGCAGCAGCCUGACGAGCUGUUUGCAUUGCAGAAGAUGCUGCAGGAGCUGCAGGCAGAGAACCAGCAGCAGCAGAUAAAGCUGCAGCUGCUGGUGCAGCAGAGAGAAGAAGCAGCACACAGACAGCGAGUGCAGGAGCUGCAUCUCCAACUGCAGCAGCAGCAGCAGCAGCAGCAACAGCAGCAGCAGCAGCAGCUUAGAAGGUUUCAGCCCGCAGCAACCCGCGAGAGGCAAACUGCUGCAACUCAGAACGGACCAAUGGUCUCCUCUUCGUGCUUCGGUGUCCCUGCAGCAGCAGCAGCUGCUCCCCCGUCAGCAGCAGUAACAACAACUUCUGCAGCAGCAGCAGCUGCUGCAGCAGCAGCAGCAGCAGCAGCAGCAAAGGCAGCAACGAAGAGCCAUACAGACCGCAACAGCCUCUUGAAGCGCUCAUCAGAGCCAUUCCCUUCGCAGCAGCUCAGCCACUCAAUAGGGCCCCUGCAGCAGCAGCAGCAGCAGCAGCAGCAGCAGCAACCGCAGCAGCAGCCGCAGCAGCAGCAGCAGCGCCUCCGCAGCAGCUCAGCUCCAUUCGCCUCCACUGUCUCAGCUGCUGCAGUAGUGUGGACCCCACGAGGGGCUCUUGCUUCAAGCAGCACAACAUUUGUAGCUCAGCAGCAGCAGCAGCAGCAGCAGCUGCUGCUGCAGCAGCAAUGGCAUACAGUGCAGCAGCAACAGCAGCAGCAACAGCUGCAGCACGCACAGAAACAGCAGCAGCAGCAGCAGGAUAAUGCUGCUGAAGGACCUGCAAAUGCUGUGACAAUAUCAAUCCCGAAACUCCUACAGGGCAGCAGCAACAGCAGCAGCAGCAGCAACAGCAGCAGCAGCAGCAGCAGCAGCGGCGCAGCAGAUGAAGCAGGAGACUUUUCUACGUGGGUUACAUUCCAUGCUGUUGCAGAGGAAGAAGAAGUUGCAGCAGCAGCAGCAGCUCUAGCAGCAGCAACAGCAGCAGCAAGACACAGCGCAGAUAGCUCCCUCAGCGUGCAGCAGCAGCAGCAAAAACUGCUGCAGGACCACGAAGUGCAGCAGCAGCAGCAGCAGCAGAAGCAGACACCGCUGCAGCAGCCGCAGGCCAAACAAACACAAGCACACGCGAAACGCCAGCAGCAGCAGCAGCAGCAGCAGAAGCAGCAGCAGCAGACGAAGCAGCAGCAGUAUCCGCAGCAGCAAAGCUGGACGAAGCUAUUAUACCUCCCGCAGCAGCAGCAGCAGCAGCAGCAGCAGCGGCGGCAGAAGCAACAGGUGGAGCAGCAGCAGCAGCAGAAGCAGAAGCAGCUACAACAGGUGCAGGUGCAGCAGCAGCAGCAGCAGCAGCAGCAGCAGCUGUACAUGCAACCUGAAAUGAAGUCUUAUAGAGUAAUUAGGCAGCAGCUCUCCCCCUGGCCCCCUGCUGCUGAGCGGAGGACCUUCUCGCGGCGGCUGCUGCUGCAGGCUACUCAAGCGACAGGCAGCAGCAGCAGCAGCAGCAGCAACAGCAGCAGCAGCAGCAGCAGCAGCAGCUGGCUCAGCAGAUGCAGCAGGGCUUGCUACCAAGACAGCAGCUGCUGUAGUCUGCUGCAGAGAACAUGCAAUGCCCCCCCAGCAGCAGCACCAGCAGCAGCAGCACCAUCAGCAGCAGCAGCAGCACCAGCAGCAGCAGCAGCACCAGCAGCAGCAGCAGCAGCAAGAAGGACUUACAGCCCCAGCUACCAGCUCUGCACCGCCCCCAUACACUCCUACAGCUGCUCCCCCGUGAUGCCGCUGCGGGCCCCUCUAGCAGCAGCAGCAGCAGCAGCUGCAACAACAAACAGCAGCAGCAGCAGCAACAACAACAACAAACAGCAGCAGCAGCAGCAACAACAACAAACAGCAGCAACAGCAGCAGCAACAACAGCAAACAACAGUAGCAGCAGCAGCAACAACAAAGAACAGCAGCAGCUGCUACACAAGCCUCAGCUGCUGCUGAAACAGCACAAACAGCAGCAGCAACAGUUGCAGACGCAUAAGCAGCAGCAGCAGCAGCUGCAGCUGCUGCUGCUGCUGCAGCACAAGAAACAGCAGCAGCAGCAGCAGCAGCAGCAGCAGCUGCUGCUGCUGCUGCUGCUUUGUCUUUAG